CGACAACAAGCUUACCCUCCUCUUCCUAUUCGACUUUCAUCUAUUUCUUCGACUUCCCCAAAACUGCAGUGAAAUGAUCCUUACAAGAAACCUUCUGUAUGGCGCGGUCGGAACUCUUGCAGCAGCAAGUGCUGCAGCGACUGUGGCAUUUUCGAGCCAAACUCGUACUUUCACCACGACGACUUCCAAAACUUCGUCUCAACCUAUUUCUGAGUCCGAAGGGAAAGAUUGUGAUUGCGCGCCCCUCUGGACUUGCAUGCAAACCAAAUGCGGAGGAGAACUCUGCUCCGAGUGCUCAGGUCUCGAGACUCAGCUGAGAGCCUGCCUUGCCAGGAUGAAGGCCUCGCCCAAGUGGGGUUAAACCUACGUUUGCUGUGAUUGUAGUUUUUCUCUGUUUCAAUCGUGCUUUGAGACACAUUGUUGAGCGUAUUUACUAAAAUACGAGGUGCCCAUAUGCGGCCAUGUUGCACAUUAAAAUUUCCAACUCUC